UAUUGAUGUGGUUCCUUAUAUCUCAGUGGAUUUAUUUUAGAGAUCAUGAAGGCAUGAAUCCCAGAUGUGGAUGGAUGGGAGGCUGUAUGUUACGCCGCCUCUACACUUUUCUGUGCUCCAUUUUCAGGGUCAGAUGUGACUUUUGUCGCAGUCACCAACGACAUGACGUGGACCGAGGCCCAGAGCUACUGCAGAGAACACUACACGGACCUGGCCAGUGUGAGAAACCUGACAGAGAACCAGAAGGUAUAUUAUACGAUAUUUACAAAAUAUACUGAUAACAUAGGAUCGGUAGUCUGGAUCGGCCUUUUCCGAGACUCGUGGAAGUGGUCCGAUGGGAGCAGCUCCUCAUUCAGGUUCUGGAAAAAGUUGCAACCUGAUAACAAAUACGGGAACGAGACUUGUGUGGCUGCAGACUUCAGCAACUCUGGAAAAUGGGAGGACUGGCCCUGUGACAUGGAGAGAGCGUUCAUUUGCUACGGCCCACCGACGCCUGUUUCAAAGCGAGUGAUGAAAGUGCGGUUUGACAACAAGAACUCUCUGGACGUGAAUGACCCUGCUGUGAUGGAGGCCAUGUUGAAGCAGCUCAAACAGAAGCUGAGGGACCAUGGGCUGAACGACUGCGUCAAACUGAGCUGGAGGAAGCAGGCCGAUGGAAAAGUCUUCCACAAGGAAGACAAGAAGACAAAGACGUGCAGGAAGAGGGAUGAGCUGUAUUGUUGAACCGCUGCGUCUAUUUCCAUCAGAGAAAAGUGUGUUUCUUUCCUCAAAGUCCGAGUGUACCGGGCCAGAAUAGAGCUGCAACAAUCUGCUGAUUCAUCGACGAUCGCAACUAUUUUCAUAAUCAAUUCAUCCUUUUAGUCAUUUUGCAAACAGAUAGCGAAAUAGUCACUGCCUCCAACUUCUCAAAUGCUUCUUUGAUGCUUGUCUUUGUCAUUUUUUUUAAUCAUAAACUUAACAUCUUUGGGCUUUAGACAGCUGGUCGAUUAAAACAAGACUUUUUUGUAUCUGCUUCAACUGUGGGAAAUAUAAUAGACAUGUUUUACUAUUUUCUGACAUUUUACAGAUUUGAUAAGAUUAGGCUGGAGGGACAACCAGUGAAAAAAACACCUUUAAAAUUGUUU